AUGACUACUACAAACAAUACAAGGAUAUACAAUUUGAAAGCUUUUCGAGAAUUACGAAUUGUUACAUUAGAAAAAGCCACUAAAUUUGAUGAAAAAGAAGAAUGUAUAAAAAUUAGAAUUUUAUCUAAUACCAAUUUGAAUAAAAAUGAAAAGAAUACUUGUACAGCAGAAAUAUUUGGUAGAGAACUAAUAUUAGAUAAAGAUUACUAUUUUGGAUUUAAUGAAAAAUUUUCAAUUUAUACUUAUACUGGAUGUAUUAUUCAAAUAAAAGGAAAAACAUUACAAGAAUAUGAAAGUAAAAAUACUACAAUGAAGGAUUAUUUAUCUUUAUCAUAUAUUUUUGAUGCUUAUAGAAAGUUAGCGAAAAAAAAAAAAAAAGUUGGUCCUCGUAUAUUAAUUACUGGAAACAAUAAUUCAGGAAAAAGCUCUGUUUCUUUGUUACUAUGCAAUUAUGCAUUAAAGUCAGGAUUUAAACCAAUUUUUAUUGAAACUGAUACAAAAUGUAGUUGUGAUAAAAUAGAGUUAAAUAAUGGCCCUGGAAUUAUGAGCUGUUUUGUUUAUGAUAAUAUGAAUAUGAAAUACUCACUUGAUUUUUUUUUUGGUUAUUUAGAUAUUAAUGAAGAUAUAAAUUUAUAUUACCAUAUUAAUGAAUGUUUAAGUAGUUGUAUACAUUUAAUGUUGUUGAAUAAUUUAAAUUUUCAGUCAACCAAUUUUAAAAACAACACAGAACAAGAAAUAAUACAUUCAUCUGGAUUUAUUUUAAAUGUUCCUUCAGAAGCAGAUCACAAAAUUAUUGAAAAUUUAAUAGAAAUUUAUAAUAUUAAUAUUGUUGUUGUUAUCGACAAUUCUUUUCUUCAUUAUUCAUUGAAAGAACAUUACAACAAAAUUGAUGCAAAUAAUUCUGAAGGAGUAAAUUGUGGUAGCAUAUUAAAUAAUAACAAUAAUAAGGGUACUGAUUUUAAUAAUGAUGAUAACAAUUUAAAUAACCAUGAUAGUAAUCAUAAUGAUAAUAGUAAUAAUAAUAAUAAUAAUGUUGCAGAUAAUAAUAAUGAAAAAAUUAAAAAUAGCAACAACUAUAACAAUGUAAAUAAUAAUAAUAAUGAUAACAAUAAAAACAAAAAUAUUAAUAAUGAUAAAAUAAGAAAUGUUGAAAUUAUAGGAAUGCCUAAAUUUGAAGGAGUAAUCCCUUCUGAUAAUAAUCGACUAAGGUAUUGUAGAAAUUUAUGGUUUUAUAAUUAUUUUUCAAAAGAUAUAUAUGUUAAUGGUAAUGUAUAUAAAAAGAGUCAUAUAUUAAAUUUUAAAUAUAGUUCAACUAAUUUUGUAAAACUAGAUACCAACUCAGCCGUUCCCUUAUCUGCUUUACCAGCAGAUUGUAAAAAUAAGAAAAUAGAAAAUGUAUCAGUUAGUUUAUACAAUAGCAAUAUUAAAAAUUUAAUAAAUUGCAUUUUAGGUGUUUCUUAUUCUAAAGAUUUUCUUUAUGUUCAUCUUAUGAACAUAGCUGCUUUUGUUCAUGUGCAGAAUAUAAAAGAAAUUGAAAGUGAAGAAAAUGAAGAAAAUAAAAAUGAUUAUUUAAUUGAAAUUCUAUGCCCAGUUUCCAUAACAUCAAAUAAUAUUCCACCAUAUUUUAUAGUCCCUGGAAACAUUAAACAAAUUAAAUUUUAA